GUGGUGAAUAAAGUGAAAGUUCGUGGUGAAUAUCUGAAAUAGUGGAUUAAUCAUGGAACAUCCGAAAGUCAACGGGACAAAGGAGACAGACGUGGAAAAAGUCUCGCCGGAAGCGGCGGAUGCAACGAGAGCUUUUAUCAAACAAUUAGCUGAGAAACUUCCUGAAAGUCCUGCCAAUGGAUCUACCGGGGAAGUUCGUCGAACCUCCGAUCUCUUCGAUAUGCUACAGCAAGCGCUAACGGCUCCGCCACCAUCAAGGCAACUUGUGUCUGUUAUCCCGGAUAGACAGAAAUCCUGUGAUGGGCACGCCCCGAGGCGUUUGGUUCACAUUGAAAUUGAGGGUGCUGAGAAUCUACCCAAAUUCCCCGGGAGAGUCAAUAAGAAGCUCCGGAAGAAGCACAAAAGUCACGUCAGAGUGGUUAAUCAGGAGCCAAAUACAUUUGUGACAUUUGAAGCUUUCCCAGGAGCUGAUGAAGCGUCAGUAGCUAAGAUUUAUUCCACUGGGGUCAUUGAGAAGAGUUGCAAUCCAUCCUGGCAUUCGCAUUUUAGUAUUUUCCUUCAUCCGGAGGCACAGAAUCUCCCACUGAGGAUCUGGCGAAGAAUUUCCACUGUCUCAACAAAUCAUUCUGAUGCAUUAAUUGGUACUUCAGCUGUUCACUUGGUGCCGAAUCCUUGUGAGAAAUGCGAAAUUGUGGAUUCUUCCGGACAGAGCGCAGGGAAACUAAAGAUUCGAAUUUUCCCGGCUUCAGCAGCUCCGACAGCACCCUCAGAUGACGUCCUGAUGUCCGAUCUGGGUCCAGCACUAACAAAUCUCGUCUUUCCCCUCUCCACGGACAAUGAUUUGGGGAAUAUCUCCUUUAGUCGGGCUCUUAAGCGAAAAUUCACUGAACUCGAGGAGAUUUCACAGAGACUGAAGGCACGUCUGCAGGAUGUUACAGGGACAGCUGACGACACGGAUGUUGAUGAUGAAUUCGAGCGUGAUCUCAAUACACGAGCAGAUGAGGAGAUUUGUGAAGCCGGAUCAUCAUCGGGGGCUGCUUAUGCGUGGCUGGGACUCAAUGAGGAAGAAAAGCGCAAAUACAUUCACACAGAAGUCACAAAGGAGCUCUUUAUUGAUGUGGAGGAUGCUGAUGGGAAAUCAGUGGGAAACCCUGAUCUUGCACACAUUGAAACUGCCCUCAAACAAACAGCCCUGACUGAUGAGGAGAAAGUGGACGGUGCGGAGUAGCCACAAGUAUACGAGAAAUGAGAUUAAAACACAAUUUAAGGAAAAAUUAAAUAAAUUUAAAUGAAAAAUAAAGAAUUUUGAAGAAA